AUGUACUUCCCAAGAAUCAUCACCUUCUCACUCAUACAACAAACACUAGGAUUUAUUGCAUAUGACUGUGGUGGACCAAAAAUAAACAUAACGGCAUUCAAUAGUCUGAAAGUAGAAUUUUGUGACCUUCAGACCGAAGUCAACGUUCAACCUAUUCAGAGAAUUCAGUUACUACAAAAAACAGACACUUAUUCAAUACCUUAUAAAUCAUGUUCAAUAAUAAUAAACUAUUUCAUAUCAAGGUGCUCAGUACUAGAGGAUGCACAAAUGGUAGAAAAUGGCUACUUCACAGAAAUAUCAGAACUAGGCAGCUCACGUUGUUCAGAAAUUCACCAAAGAUUAAUUUAUCACCUACCACUUGGGGGGGGGGGGGUGAUUACAGGAUUAAAAAUAAAUGAAACAAGACUUUUUGCCACUACAAUAGCUGGAUACAUUGACAGAAAUGGUAAUUGCAAAGGUACAACCUUCACAUCGGAUAAAGCCCUGAACAUUUAA